AUGCCGGCCAAGGACAGCUCCCUGGAGCCUCUCCACGACCCCUGCCUGCCGCCCCCACGGAUGCUGCCGCCUGGAGCCUGCCAAGCCCUGAGCUGCCGGGGGGACGCUGUGUGCUCGCGGCUGGAGGUCUGCUGCUACAACGGCUGCACCUACACCUGCAUGGAAGCCGUGCAGCCCCCGCCAGUUCUAGACUGGCUGGUGCAGCCGAAACCCCGACGACUUGGCAGCAGCAGCUGGCUCCUGGACGGCCCCGAGGAGGUGUCACAAGCAGAGUCGUGUAGCACCACCGUGGACGAGGAGGGGGAGGAGCUGCUGCUCUGUCCCUCGGGCUUCGAGUGCCUCAUCCUGGUCCCGGAGGACAAGGACAAGGGCAUCCCCAACUGCAGCCAGUGUGUCAGGGAGCCGCAGGCAGGAACGAGGACGAGCCGUAGAUCAAUGUGUGGAUUAAGCCGCUUUUGUCUGCCUGGUUUUCCCAGCACGGGGGAGCUGCAUGGAAUACUAAGAGAACCUUCUGUGUGUUUUCCGGAUGGGCAGUUCCUACGCCAUGAAUUUCCCAAGGAAUAUCCAGAUGGUGACACAAAAAACGUGGCAGAGCAUGGAAAGGGACGACGGGAACUUUCCAUAAAGCAACAACCCACAGCCAAUUUGCGAGAACAUUCCUCCAGCUUCCUACCGAGCCUUGGGAACCCUUGGGUCACCACAGUUUGAUCCCCAGAGGCCCAGCUUGUCUGAGUGGGAGCCUGGGUAGUCUGAACCCCACUGGUCUCUGCCUUCUUAUCCAGGAAUGACUUAGGAGAGACCCCCCAAGACCUUCGCCCUGGAGGGGAGCUGCCGCCUCUGGGUGCCCCAGUGGAGCCCCUCCUAAGAGUUCGGGGUCUUGGUUAUUCACAUAUAUUCAGGGACCCUUGUACCCAUCCCACAUGUUCUCAAAAUAAACCCAUUCAUCGUAACAUGGAAA